GUCCUCUUCCUCCUGCCGCGGGGCCAGAUACCCUGACGGUGUCCAGCUGCGCUUAAGUCUGGCCGGUGCCACCUGUCUCCGCAAUGCCCCCCAAGAGACAGGCUCAGGCUGGGGGCAGCAAAAAGGCGGAGCAGAAAAAGAAGGAGAAGAUUAUUGAAGACAAAACUUUUGGUCUAAAGAAUAAGAAAGGAGCAAAGCAACAGAAGUUUAUUAAGGCUGUGACUCAUCAGGUUAAGUUUGGUCAACAAAAUCCACGUCAGGUAGCACAAAGUGAGGCUGAAAAGAAAUUGAAGAAAGAUGACAAGAAAGAAUUGGAGGAACUAAAUGAGCUGUUCAAACCUGUAGUUGCUGCUCAAAAAACAAGUAAAGGUGCAGAUCCCAAAUCCGUGGUGUGUGCAUUCUUUAAGCAAGGACAGUGUACUAAAGGAGUUAAGUGUAAGUUCUCUCAUGACUUGACUCUGGAGAGAAAGUGUGAAAAGCGAAGUGUUUACAUUGAUGCAAGAGAUGAAGAACUUGAAAAAGAUACUAUGGAUAAUUGGGAUGAGAAAAAGCUGGAAGAAGUAGUGAACAAGAAGCACGGUGAGGCGGAAAAGAAAAAACCAAAAACUCAAAUAGUGUGCAAGCAUUUCCUUGAAGCUAUUGAAAACAACAAGUAUGGCUGGUUUUGGGUAUGCCCUGGAGGUGGUGAUAUUUGCAUGUAUCGUCAUGCACUUCCUCCUGGAUUUGUAUUGAAAAAAUAUAAAAAAAAAGAAGAGAAAGAAGAUGAAAUUUCAUUAGAAGAUCUUAUUGAAAGAGAGCGUUCUGCCCUAGGUCCAAAUGUUACCAAAAUCACUCUAGAAUCUUUUCUUGCAUGGAAGAAAAGAAAAAGACAAGAAAAGAUUGAUAAACUUGAGCAAGAUAUGGAAAGAAGGAAAGCAGACUUCAAGGCAGGGAAGGCAUUAGUGAUUAGUGGUCGUGAGGUGUUUGAAUUUCAUCCUGAACUAGUUGAUGAUGAUGAUGAGGAAGCAGAUGAUACCCGUUACACCCAAGGAACAGGUGGUGAUGAGGUUGAUGAUUCUGUGAGUGUAAAUGACAUAGAUUUAAGCCUGUAUAUCCCAAGAGAUGUAGAUGAGACAGGUAUUACUGUAGCCAGUCUUUAAAGAUUCAUCACAUACACUUCAGAAAAGGAUGAAAACAAAUUAAGUGAAGCUUCUGGAGGUAGGGCUGAAAAUGGUGAAAGAAGUGAUUUGGAAGAGGACAACGAAGGGGAGGGACAGGAAAAUGGAGCCAUCGAUGCUGUUCCUGUUGGAAAAUCUUUUCACUGGGGAAGAUUUGGAUGA